AUGGAUCUUCUUCUGGGAGAACAAGCUCCCAACAUGAAUGGAUCCACCAUUACAGAGUUUGUUUUGCUGGGCUUCUCCUGCUCACGCACUGUCCAGCUCUUCAUUUUUGCCCUCGUCUUGGCCUGCUACACCACUGUCCUUCUGGGCAAUGUCUUGAUCAUGGUAACUGUGUGGUCGGAGCCCCAGCUCUCUCAAUGCCCCAUGUAUUUCUUCCUUGUCAAUCUAUCCCUCACUGAUGUAUCUUUGGGCUCGUUGGCAGCUCCAAAGUUAGUGAUCGACCUGUUGAACAAUGGCCAUGCCAUUUCCUAUGAGGGCUGUAUGGCUCAGAUAUUUGGUUUCCAUCUCUUUGCAGCUACAGAAAUGUAUCUCCUCACCCUCAUGGCAUAUGAUCGCUACAUAGCCAUCUGCCACCCACUGAGGUACACAACCAUCAUGGGUCAGCAACGAUGUCUCGGUCUCCUCAUACUUUGCUGGAUGGCAGCCUUCAUUCAUUCCACUUUCCAUAUGGCGGUGAUUACCCGUCUCCCAUUCUGUGGGCCCAACGUGCUGGACAAUUUCUUCUGUGACAGUCUACAAGUAAUAAAGCUGGCCUGCUCAGACAUCUAUAUUGUUGAGAAACUUGAAAUGUUGAAUGACAGCUUGGUAAUUCUCCCCUGCUUUCUGAGCUUGCUGGUUUCAUACGUGACCAUCCUGGCCACCCUCUGUGGCCGUUUUGGAAAAAGCAGCAGGAAGACCUUUUCCACUUGUAGUUCCCACCUGACAGUGGUCGGCCUGUUCUAUAUUGCCACUGUCUUGGUCUAUCUCAAGCCCUCCUCCCACUCCCAGCUGGAGAAGAUGGCCUCUGUGUUCUUCAUGGUGGUCACCCCUGCCCUCAAUCCCUUGAUUUACACUCUGAGGAACCAAGAAAUGAAGGUAGCCAUUGGGAAAUUGCAAAACAAGUGUAAACUCUUCCUGUUGUCCCAAAGAGAGUACAUAUGUCUGAGUGAGCAUCUAAAAGAAGAAAGUGAUGGUGCCCAGUGA